AUGACACAAAUUAUCGUUGAACUUCCUUCCAUUCCCAAAAAAAUACUUUGGCCCCAAUGGCUAACUGGAAUUACAAUUUCACUCGCUGUACUUACGUCUGGACUUUCCAGUGGAUGGACAUCACCAUAUCUAGCAAAAUUCACCUCUCCAGACAUGAAUACUUCUAUAAACCUUUCUGAAACUGAAGCAUCAUGGGUGGCGUCUUUGCUUAAUCUUGGUAGAUUUGGAGGUUCAAUAGUUGGAGCAACAAGUCAAGGAAUUAUCGGUAGAAAAAAGACACUUUUGAUUUCUACAGUUCCUAUGGCAAUCGGCUGGACUUGUACGAUUAUUGCUAAUUCAGUAACUUGGCUUUAUGUGGCUAGAUGUUUCUGUGGCAUCGCUGGCGGGAUGAUGUGGACUACACUUUCGCUUUUCAUAGGCGAAGUUUCAGACUCUUCUAUACGCGGCUCUUUGGUAUUCUUGAACUCAAAUGCUGCGUUCGUCGGUGCGUUUCUAGGUAAUAUAAUAGGAGCUCAUUUACCUUUUGAACAAUUCGGUUAUGUCAGUUUGAGUUUGAAUGCACUGUUUUUUAUCAUCUUCUGCUUUAUUCCGGAUUCACCAUAUCAUUAUGUAACAAAAGGUGAUCUGAAAAGUGCAGAAGCUUCUCUCAAAUGGUUCAAACGUGAAGCUAAUGUCCUAAAGGAAAUUCAAGAACUAAAAAAUUUCAUCGGAAAUACAGAAACAAACCUCUUGACACAACUACGAGAGUUUAAAAAACCGCAAAAUCGUAAAAAUGUUAUUAUUAUGGGGUCGCUAAAUGUUUUUCUGUAUUUUUGUGGGCAUAAUACAAUGAACUAUUAUGCUGAAAUCAUCGUAACAAAAAGUAAAGUAAACUUUUCCCCUAGUACUAUUGUAAUAGCUCUUAGUCUGUGUACAAUAAUAGCUUGCUCAUCUGCAGCAAUGGUUGUUGAUAGAUUCGGAAGACGAUUCCUUUUGAUAGCUUCUUCUCUGGGAACAGCUUUAUCAUUGGCACUUCUUGGUCUUCACUUUCAUCUUUUGUCUUUACAUAUCGAAUCGACUCCAUUUACUUGGUUGCCUAUCGCUUCUCUCUUUCUUUACAAUUUUUCUAUUUCUCACGGAUUAAUUCCAGUUCCCAAUGCUUUGAUUAGUGAACUUUUUCCACCUAAUAUAAAAACGAUGGCCUCUUUAUUCUUCAGCGGAAGUUCAGCUCUCCUGUCAUUUGCUACCACAAAAACAUUUCAACCAUUAAUCAAUAUAAUGAGUGAAAAAUAUGUAUUCUGGAUUUUUGCAUUAAGUGCAUUUAGCGCGGCACCAUUCACGUAUGCUUACAUCACAGAGACCAAAGGUCAAACUCUUGUAGAAAUACAAAUAAACGCUGAUCAAAAUCAAAAAAAAAAUUAA